AUUGAUCUAAUCACACAUCACACGCCAUACUCAUCACAGAUCCCUCAUACUACGAGCGUUUAGUGAUAGUGAUUCGUGUUGUAGCAGACCACUUGUGGUGAAUCUCUGAUUUCUCAUUAUCCAGAGGCGCGUUCCGGUUGGGAAAGAGUUGACUCUACUGCACACCAAAAAUGUGGGCGAAAUAUUUGAAUGCUGCAAUCCCGAAAACAUUGAAAAUAGGAGGCAUCAGAGCAGCAUCUUCUCUAGUUCCUGGAGAACCAAGCGAGCCCAAAAUCGUUACCACUGAGAUUCCUGGACCAAAAUCUAGAAGUCUGAUUAACGAUUUAGAUACUGUCACGCAAAGUGGAUCAGUUCAAUUGUUUGCUGAUUAUGAAAAAUCUUUGGGUAAUUACCUCAUGGAUGUUGAUGGAAACGCUUUUUUGGACGUCUACAUGCAGAUUUCUUCAAUUCCAAUUGGAUACAAUCAUCCGGAGAUGCUGAAAGUAUUCAAAGAUGAAAAUAAUUUGAAAGCUCUUGUCAACCGUCCAGCUCUUGGUUCGUUCCCAGGCGAACACUGGCCAAACAAAUUGAGAGACGUUCUCCUCUCCAUUUCUCCAGGUCUUCCCAAUGUUAUGACGAUGAUGUGCGGAUCAUGUUCGAACGAGAACGCAUACAAAUGUCUUUUCAUAGCCUACCAAAAACAUCAAAGAGGGGAAAAGAUAGACUUCAGCGACAUAGAGAAAGAAUCCUGCUUGAUCAAUGAAGCUCCAGGAGCCCCGAAACUGUCACUCCUGUCAUUCUUCGGGGCCUUCCACGGUAGAACCAUGGGAACGUUGAGUACUACUCAUUCCAAGGCAAUCCAUAAGAUCGACAUCCCAGCUUUCGAUUGGCCCAUUGCUCCAUUCCCCAAGUACAGGUAUCCGUUGGAGGAAAACGCCAGGGAAAACCAAGCUGAAGAUGCCAGAUGUUUGGAGCAAGUUGAAGAAUUGAUAGAACAGUAUAGAAAAAAAGGUGUUCCAGUAGCAGGUAUAGUGAUUGAACCGAUUCAAUCAGAAGGUGGAGACAAUGAAGCAUCGCCAGAAUUCUUUCAGAAACUACAAAGGAUAGCUAAAAAACACGGUGCUGGAUUUUUGAUUGAUGAAGUACAAACGGGCGCUGGAGCGACAGGAAAGAUGUGGUGCCAUGAACAUUUCAAUCUUGAUUCGCCCCCGGAUAUUGUCACUUUCAGUAAGAAAAUGUUGACAGGAGGAUUCUACCAUGCACUGGAUCAAAGACCACAGCAGCCCUACAGAGUAUAUAACACCUGGCUAGGGGAUCCAGGAAAGCUGCUUCUGUUAGAGUCUUUCUUGAAAGUCCUGAAGCAACAGAACCUAUUAGACCAAGUGAACAGGAGUGGUGCAAUAUUGAAAUCUGGAUUGCUGGAACUCGAAAAAGAUUUCCCAUUCCUGUUGAAUUCAGUUAGGGGAAGAGGAACCUUCUUAGCUGUCAAUGCUGCCUCACCCUCCUUGAGAGAUCAGAUGGUAGCUGGACUGAAGAAAAAAGGAAUUAUGAGCGGAGGAUGUGGAGACCAUUCAAUAAGAUUGAGGCCUGCUCUGACAUUCCAGGAGCACCACGCCAAUAUUUUCUUGGAUCGACUAAGGCAGCUAUUGACUGAAAUCAAAUGAAACGUCCUUAGCGAAAGAAUCGGCAACUAUUUCACAGAGAUGAAGCAGAUUUGAACUUCAUUCAAAUAUAUCCAAUCAAGACCAUGUGCCUUUAUCUAUGAGUCACCUAUCUAUAGAUAUUUCAUGUUAUUAUCAUCUUCAUACUGUAAAGGGUGCGCAAAUUUCAAUGUUUGUAUUGUAACUUGGUAAAUAUA